CCCCGCCGCUGGGCCCGGCGGGGCCGGGAGCGGGGCGGGGUUCUGGCGGGAGGCGCGGCGGCGGCGCCGGCCCCCGGCCCUGAGUCCGGCGGCGGCGGCGGGCAGGAACGGGCGCUGCCGCCCUGUAAGGCGGCUCGGCUGCGCCGAGGCUCUGCGCCGGCCGCGCCCUCUGCCCCGCUGCGGGGGCAGCCGGGCGGGCCGGGGAGAGGGAGCGGCGCGCACCGAGCUCGGCAGGCGGCUGCGGGAAGCGGAGCCCUGUCCCGGCCGCCGCGGGAGGCCAGAGGGAGACGGGGGCCCAGCGAGAAAGGCGAGGAUAAAUGGGUGUGUAUGACUUUUCCCCUGAUCUAAAGCGGUUCCAUGUCUUGUUUGGACUGCUCCUGUAUUCUGCGUACACCAGUUGAAUCAAUCAGACCAGAAGAGCUAUCUCAGAGCAGCACCCAUGAAUGCCUGGCGGAUUCUGAUCUAGCCUGGAUUCCCCCAUCUACAGGAAAGAAUGAAAUGGUAUUUUGCUCUUCUAAUGUCUCUCAUUAUGAACUCCAGCUGGAAAUAGGAAGGAGGUUCAACAAUUUAACCUCAGUCUACCUUGCACGGCAUACACCUACAGACAGGCAAGUUGCUGUAAGGAUCACAGACCUCGAAAAUUGCUCUGAAGAGCACUUGAAAGCCUUACAGAAUGAGGUGGUUUUAUCACACUUUUUCCAGCAUCCCAACAUAAUGACAUUUUGGACAGUGUUUACAGCUGGAAGCUGGCUUUGGGUCAUCUCCCCAUUCAUGGCCUAUGGUUCAGCUAGACACCUGCUGAAGACUUACUUUCCUGAAGGAAUGAGUGAAGCUUUGAUAGGGAACAUUCUGUUUGGUGCAAUCAGAGGAUUAAAUUACAUGCACCAGAAUGGAUAUAUUCACAGGAAUAUUAAAGCUAGCCACAUUCUGAUUUCAGAGGAUGGACUGGUUUCUCUCUCUGGCCUAAACAACCUCUACAGUUUAGUUAGCAAUGGACAGAAGUCAAAGGUGGUGUAUGAUUUCCCCAAGUUUAGUACAUCUGUGCUUCCUUGGCUGAGUCCUGAACUACUGAGACAGGAUUUGUGUGGCUAUAACAUGAAGUCUGACAUUUACAGUGUGGGAAUUACAGCAUGUGAAUUAGCCAAUGGACACGUUCCAUUUCAAGAUAUGCCUCGCACUCAGAUGCUGCUGCAGAAGCUGAAAGGUCCCACCUACUGUCCUUGGGAUAUAAACACCUUUCCCCGGGGGGAAUCCAGGAUGAAGAAUUCCCGGUCAGGUGUCGAUUCUGGAAUUGGUGAGAGCAUGACACGCACAAUGACCAGUGAAAGACUUCAAAUGCCCUUUUCCAAAACAUUUUCACCUGCUUUCCACAACUUGGUAGAACUUUGCUUGCAACAGGACCCUGAGAAAAGGCCAUCAGCAAGCAGUUUGCUUUCGCAUACGUUCUUCAGACAGGUAAAGGAGCAAACACAGAAUUCACUACUGUCCCUGUUACCACCUCCUAUUCAAAAUAACAGAUCAGAGUGCUUGGCACUGCCCUCAACAGCAGUUGGGACUGAACUUGGACGUAUUGCUACAAAUCAAGAUGAUACAGACUGGGAAUUCUAAAUAAAUACCAAUGAUACCUCUCCAGUGUUUCACACAAGGAAAAUGUGAUUUGUAUUUGCUGCUUUUCUAUGAUUAAAAUACAGUUAGACCAAGUAUACUUGAAAUGCCAUGAAGUGGCUAUAAUUCAUUAACUUCCUCUGGGCAUCACAAAAUGCAGCGUGCCUCACUCUCUGACUGUAAGGAAAACUGUGGAUAAAGAAUGGCUGAGUGCCCAUCUCUCUCUUUCAAAGUCUUCCUUAACAAGAGACUCCCUGCUGUAAUCUUACUCUGUACUGUAUUAUCAGCUCACAGUGCUGCAGUCCACAUGCCUUUCUGAAUUCAGGCCUGGGAUUUGGCUGUGAUCUUACCUAAACAUCUAUUUGUCUUUUCAUUAUGACCCAAAUCAUUUUAGUAAGGAGAAAUCCUCCACUUCCAAGAUGAAAUGUGAAACUGCACAGAUUACUUGCUUAUGUAAAUAAAUGUUUCUUUCUCAAAAGACAUUUUUUUCACUUGACAUGCUGUCAUAUUUACCAAAAGUUAGGUAUGCAUCAUUUUUCAUGCAGUUCUAAUACUGUGUGUUUCCCAAAGAAGUUAAGCUGCUUAGAAGUGGGACUCCUGCUCUUGCAUCUGUUCACAUUCUUAGUACAAAUCUGGGCUUUUACACCUCUGUUUAUUGUUGUGUCAUUUUAGCAGUUAAUCUGAGGAUGUCUCACUAUGCAAAAGUAAGUCUCAAGUUCUAGCAGGUACGGGUUAAUUUUGAAGAGUCAUAUUAAAUAAUCUAAAGUUACUGGGGUAAUAGUAUAAAGUUAUACUAUUUAUACUGUAUUCCUGUUCACCACCUGAAUUUACCAGAACCUAAUACUGUUUUCUUAGAAAAAGGCAACAUGCAUUGAGCUUCACUGGCCCUGCUGGUCUCAAACAAGCCUCUUCUGCAAGGCACAGUUAAAUUCCCGUGGAUCAAUUCAGCCAUACUAGGAUCCUAGUAAAUUUACUUGUUCUAAGUCAGAUGAAAAAUCUGUCUUCUUCCUAUAAUUCAGUAAAUUCUCACCUCUCAUACUCUACCAGGCAACUCAAACUGAACAAAAGCAGCUAUUUUCUUUUAAAAACCUGGAUAUUCUCAUAGUGUUGUAGCAAAAGUUGUGUCCCUAAGGCUCUAAUACUUUGCUGAUGGAAGCAUGAUGGUGGUAAAAAUGUAUAAAUAGAUAUUGAAUGGAUAUAUUUUAAAUUUUCAACAUAAACAACGUUCCACAUAAGUCUUCAAGUCUUCCAUAGCUGAGCAGGCCUGUAGCCACCUUUGAGAAUACUGCUGCAUUGCCAGCAGCUUUGCCACAAGGCCUUGAAGACCAAAUGACUCAAAUACAAGCCUGAGAGACACAUAAAAUUCUAAAUGACCACAUAAAAGUAUCAGCAAAAAAGUUGAUUCUACUCAUUAUGCUAUGAAGAGAGCUCUAUAUUCCUAAACUUAACAUGUGAAACUUAAGAUUAUAGACUUAUCAAUACACUUACCCUAUCUGCCUCCAAUUAUAUCUGUCAUUCCUGGACUUCUGCUUUCACCAUAGUCCAGCCAUACUAACAGCUUCUUGUUACUACAGGGAAAAAAAAUCAUAUCUAUGUCAAUUGUUAGGUAAGGAAAUAGUUGUUGAAACUAGAAAAUUACUCUGAUUAAAAAUAUUAAUAACUUAA